AUGGUUCGAGGCUUCUCAAGCCUCCGACGGCCCCUGCUGGGUCUCGGCGUUGUCGCAGGCGCUGGAGGCGUCGCUCUCUACGCCAACACCAGGAUAUCUCACACAACUCACAAGGCGAUUGCGGAAGUCAAGCGCGACAGCAAUGGCCGCAUAAUCCCGCCCUCGUUCCCCGCCGUUCCAUCACGGCUGCAGCAGCUGGCCGAGCUGCGGCGCCACAGCAAAGACAAUGAGAAUCUCGACGAAUACGACCUCAUCGUCAUCGGUGCGGGCGCGACGGGCGCUGGAAUUGCGCUCGACGCCGUGACUCGAGGCCUCAAAGUGGCCGUUGUUGAUCGCGACGACUUCGCGGCGGGCACCAGUUCCAAGAGCACCAAGCUGGUGCACGGCGGCGUGCGCUAUCUCGAAAAGGCCGUCAUGAACCUGGACUACUCCCAGCUGCAGCUGGUCAUGGAGGCGCUACACGAGCGCAAGACAUUCCUGACCAUCUCGCCCCACCUCUCCAAUUCGCUUCCCAUUUUGCUGCCCCUCAACAACUGGUUGCAAGCUCCCUACAUGUGGGUUGGCACAAAGGCCUACGACUUGCUCGCGGGCUCGCAGGGCCUUGAGGGCUCCUAUUUCAUGAGCAAAAGCAAGGCUAUUGCCAACUUCCCUCUGUUGCGCCAGGACAACCUGAUCGGUGCCCUGGUUUACUACGACGGCCAGCACAACGAUUCGCGAAUGAACGUCUCUCUCGCUCUUACUGCUCAGCUCUACGGCGCUACUGUUCUGAACCACGUUGAAGUUACGGGCUUGGACAAGGACGGAAACGGGCGAAUUCGUGGCGCAACUGUCCGAGAUACUAUGCCCAACGGCGACAACAAGGAGUUUACCGUGAGGGCCAAGGGCGUCAUCAAUGCCACCGGGCCCUUCACCGAUGCCAUCGAGCGCAUGGACGACCCUUCGCGCAUGGAACUCGUUGCUCCCGCUUCCGGCGCCCACGUCGUACUCCCCGGCAGCGUGUGCCCGAACGGCAUGGGAUUGCUCGAGGCGCGAACUUCCGAUGGGCGAGUCGUUUUUGUACUGCCCUGGCAGGGCUACACCGUCGCUGGUACGACGGAUCACCCUUGCGAAAUUGAACAGGAGCCGGUUGCGCCAAAGGAGGAUGUGGACUUUAUUCUCAAGGAAGUCAACAAGCUUCUCAAACCGGAUUCGAACCUGACUCAGAAAGACAUUCUGGCUACUUGGUCAGGCAUCCGACCUCUUGUCCGAGAUCCCAAGGCCAAGAACACCGAGUCCUUGGUUCGCAACCACCUCGUCAGCGUCUCGCCUUCCGGUCUCCUGACCUGCGCCGGCGGUAAAUGGACCACCUACCGCCAGAUGGCCGAGGACGCAGUCGACGAAGCCAUCAAGACAUUUGAUCUGAAGCCCUCUGUGGUGACUCUGCCCGAUAUCAGCGGUGCUGGCCUGCCCGGUAUUCAAACCACGGGUCGCUGCAUCACCAAGCGUGUUCCUCUGAUUGGAGCUCACGGUUACUCGACGUCUCUGGCUUCUAAACUCAUGGAGGCUCACCACAUUGAUGCCGACGUUGCCCAUCACCUAGCACACAACUAUGGUGACCGUGCUUGGGCUGUUCUGUCAGCUUCCAAUGCCGCCACUCGCCUGAUCCCUUCGCUGCCCUUCAUCGAGGCCGAAGUCCGCCAUGGCGCUCGGUCCGAAGCCGCUUGCACUGCCGCCGAUCUCAUCUCGCGCCGCAUGCGCCUCGCUUUUCUAGACGUUGAGAAUGCCUUGCGUGCGCUGCCUCGUGUCAUUGAUGUUAUGGCCGAUGAGCUCAAGUGGUCGAAUGAUCGAAAGCAGCAAGAAUGGAAGCAGACCAUCGCAUUCUUCAGAUCAAUGGGCCUGGACGAGGCUAAGAUGAACAUUACGCGCAAGGAGGUCGAAGCACUGCCUGCUCUGCCAAGCCGAAACCCUAGAGUUGCUAUCACGACCGAGGAGUCGGAGCUGGGCAAGGUUGAAGCCAACGGCGUUUUGGCUUAA